UAUUUCAUUGUGUUUUGUUUUACUACCAAAUCACUUUUGCUGCCUCACUCAUCACUCUCCACAAAAACAAUACCAAAACAUUCCAUAUCAUAACUCUGCAUCUCAUUCUUCUUCCUCACAACCAUAAUCCUUCUCCUUAGUUUGCUACUUUUUUCCGGUUCAACUUUCUUUCCUGCUUCGCUCAUCUCUCUCUUUCUACCCUAAACCACUAAAUCGAUCUAAAUUUCUCCAAAUCGUAAACCCCUUUUGCUCAAUUCACUUAAUUCUCCCCCCCUGCUGCGCUGUCGGCUCGUGGGUGAGUAAAGUUGUCGUUUUUGUCUUCUGGGCUUUGGAGCAAAGACGAAGAUGGGUGAGGGAGAGCGUUUCCAGCUGGGGACUGUGGGCGCGUUGACUCUUUCAGUGGUCUCAUCUGUGUCCAUUGUGAUUUGCAAUAAGGCGCUGAUGAGUUCAUUGCAUUUUAUUUUUGCUACAACUUUGACCAGCUGGCAUCUGCUUGUAACAUUUUGUUCCCUUCAUGUGGCUCUCAAAAUGAGAUUCUUUGAGCAUAAACCUUUUGAGCAGAAAGCUGUAAUGGGAUUUGGGAUUUUAAAUGGGAUCUCAAUUGGACUUUUAAAUUUGAGCCUGGGGUUUAAUUCUGUUGGCUUCUAUCAGAUGACUAAGCUGGCCAUCAUUCCUUGUACUGUACUGUUGGAGACCCUUUUUCUUGGGAAGAGAUUCAGUAGGAGAAUUCAAUUUGCCCUUACUAUCCUCCUUCUGGGUGUCGGGAUUGCUACUGUCACAGAUUUGCAGCUCAAUGCUCUUGGCUCCUUCUUAUCUUUUCUUGCAGUGAUUACAACUUGUGUUGCUCAGAUUAUGACAAAUACUAUCCAAAAGAAGUUCAAGGUUUCUUCCACCCAGCUUCUCUAUCAAUCAUGUCCAUAUCAAGCAGCAACCCUGUUAAUAUGCGGUCCAUACCUGGAUAAACUUUUAACCAACCAAAAUGUAUUUGGUUUCAAGUAUACAACACAAGUGACGGUUUUCAUUAUCCUUUCCUGCCUUAUCUCCAUCUCAGUCAAUUUUAGUACAUUCCUUGUUAUUGGAAAGACAUCUCCUGUGACCUAUCAGGUUCUUGGACACCUGAAGACAUGCCUUGUUUUGGCAUUUGGUUAUAUACUACUCCAAGACCCAUUUAGCUGGAGAAACAUUCUGGGAAUUAUGAUAGCCAUGGUGGGGAUGGUUUUAUAUUCUUACUAUUGCACACUUGAGAACCAGCAAAAAACCGUUGAAUCUUCAUCACAAGCAUCCCAGACAAGGGAAGGUGAAUCGGAUCCUCUGAUCAAUGUGGAAAAUGGAAGUGCGGUUGUGAGUGAUACAAUUGGACAGAGACAGUUGUCUCCUGUAUGGAGCAAGAGCAAAGACUAGUAUGUUUAAUGGGCUUUCGUUAUAGCAUUGUCAAGAACAGUUAUAGUCCUUAUAGAGGGUUAACACCCGUGAUCCAUUUGGAAUUAGGAACUGGAAUUGCUGCCAAAUACAUGUCCCUGUCAUUUUUCUCAGUAGCUAUAGUCUAAUAUUUUCAGAAACGUUUGCCAACCAACAAUAUUAGGGAGGGGAACAAGUACAUGGUCAUGUCGGAAUUCUAUUGGCCAACAGAUAUGCCGUAUAGUAUCAUACAGUUUCUGGUGAUGUUUUCACAUCAUGUUACAUUAUAAUUUCAUAUAGAUAUCCAAACUUUUUUCUUUGCCUGAAUAACGUAUAAACAGCUACCGGUUAUUAUUAUUUUUUUAUUCAGAGUU